UGAUAUCUUUUUCACCUUUUGACAGGUUCAAUGGAAAAGAAGGUGAUUACAGGUGUACUAUUCGGUUUUGUCUCUUUAGUAGGAGCUGUUAUUCUAGUCUUAUAUAGAUAUAGAAUUUACAGAAUUGAAAAGAAGUAUCAAGCCAAGGUUAAGAAGUUUCUGGAUGAUUACAAAGCUUUUAAGCCCACAAGAUACUUGUUUGCUGAUCUUGAGAGGAUUACAAAUCAAUUUGAGUACGAAUUGGGAAAAGGAGCGCAUGGAACUGUUUAUAUGGGGAAGCUGUCUGAGAACGUUAAAGUAGCUGUUAAGGUCCUCAAUGAUUCCAAAGCAAAUGGAGAGGAAUUCAUUAAUGAAGUUGGGACAUUGGUGAAAAUUCACCACGCCAAUAUAGUCCGCUUGAUCGGUUUUUGUGCAGACGGGUUUAGAUGGGCUGUAGUAUACGAUUACUUGCCAAAUGAUUCACUCCAGAAGUUCAUUUCUUCACCAGACUCAAAGAAACAUUUUCUUGGUUGGAAAUCUUUGGAACAUAUUGCUAUUGGCAUAGCUAAAGGGAUUGAGUAUCUCCAUCAUGGUUGUGAUGAAAGAAUCCUACAUUUCGACAUCAAGCCACACAAUGUACUUCUUGAUGACAAUCUCAAUCCCAAAAUCACUGAUUUCGGCCUCGCUAAGUUGUAUUCAAGGGAACAAAGCCUGGUCUCCAUGACAACAGCUAGGGGCACCAUAGGCUAUAUGGCACCCGAAGUGUUCUCAAGAAACUUCGGGAACGUUUCUUAUAAAUCGGACGUUUAUAGUUUCGGAAUGUUGUUACUAGAGAUGGUGAGUGGAAGGAAAUGUGUUGACACUGAAUCACAUGCAGAGGAUCAAAUAUAUUUCCCUGAAUGGAUUUAUAAUGUGUUAGAGCAAGGAGAAGAUAUAAGGUUUGAUAUUGAAGAAGAGAAUGAUGCUAAAAUUGCAAAGAAGUUAGCCAUUGUGGGUUUGUGGUGUAGUCAAUGGAAUCCGGUUGAUCGUCCUUCCAUGAGAAGUGUCCUUCAAAUGUUAGAAGGGGAAGGAGAUAAUUUGAGCACACCACCAAAUCCAUUUAUAGCUAAACCGCCUUCAAGAAUGGUUGCAUCUGGUGUAGACGUACACAAUUGUAAACUGGAUGCAAUAGAGGAAACAUAGUAAAUAAUAAUAAAAUGUAGGCCAGAGACCGGUUCGGUCUUAUGUAAAACAUGUGGAAUCAUUUAAAAAUCUCAACUUUUAGUAUCGGUUCGGUUCAUAUAAAUU